AUGGAGACCUCUUUUCUUCUCUCGCCGGCGGAGGUGCUGAAACAUUUCGGUGUCUCGGAGCGCUCUGGCUUGUCUAGCUCCCAGGCAUCGGAAUCAAGACAGAAAUAUGGCCCAAAUGCCCUCGCCGAAGAACCUCCAACUCCUCUAUGGGAGCUGGUGCUCGAACAAUUCAAGGACCAGCUCGUCCUCAUUCUUCUAGGUUCGGCCGCAGUUUCAUUUGUCCUUGCUCUUCUCGAGGAUAGCGACGACUGGACUGUUUUUGUCGACCCUGCAGUGAUUUUAACCAUUCUCAUUCUCAAUGCGAUCGUCGGCGUGACUCAAGAAAGCAGCGCCGAGAAGGCAAUUGCGGCUCUACAGGAAUACUCAGCGAACGAGGCUAAAGUUGUUCGAGAUGGUGCAGUUCAGCGCAUCAAGGCCGAAGACCUGGUACCUGGAGAUAUAGUUCACGUUGCGGUAGGGGAUCGCGUCCCCGCUGACUGCAGGCUACUUGCUAUUCACAGCAACAGCUUUCGGGUGGACCAAGCUAUUCUCACUGGUGAAAGUGAGAGUGUAAGCAAAGAUACUGGUGCGGUCAAGGAUAAACAGGCUGUGAAGCAGGAUCAGACCAACGUCCUAUUCUCGGGUACCACUGUCGUCAAUGGAAAUGCUACGGCCAUCGUCGUUUUGACUGGCUCAUCGACCGCAAUCGGUGAUAUCCAUGAAAGUAUUACUUCUCAGAUCUCGGAACCUACUCCAUUGAAACAGAAACUCGACGAUUUCGGUGAUAUGCUCGCUAAAGUGAUCACUGUCAUUUGCAUUCUGGUCUGGGUCAUUAAUGUCGAGCAUUUCAAUGAUCCUUCCCACGGUGGAUGGGCUAAAGGUGCUAUCUAUUAUCUCAAGAUCGCCGUGUCUCUUGGAGUGGCUGCCAUUCCCGAAGGGCUCGCCGUUGUCAUAACUACCUGUUUGGCUCUCGGGACUCGCAAAAUGGCACAAAAGAAUGCCGUGGUCCGCUCUCUACCUUCUGUCGAGACCCUCGGAAGCUGCAGUGUGAUAUGCUCCGAUAAAACCGGAACUUUGACAACCAACCAAAUGAGUGUUGGGAAGCUCGUCUACCUGUCUCAACUGGGGACCGACGUCGAGGCCAUUGACGUAGAAGGCACAACUUUCGCGCCUGAGGGAAACCUUUCCGUCAAUGGCAAGGUUGUUACGAAUCUGGCGGCCUCUUCUUCGACCGUCCGACAGAUGACCGAGGUCAUGGCCCGUUGCAACGCUGCUGCACUUGGUCACGAUGAGAAAACCGGCGUGUUCUCGUGCAUUGGCGAGCCCACAGAAGGAGCGCUUCGUGUUCUUGUUGAAAAGAUCGGUACCGAUGAUGUUGCUACCAACAAUAAGCUUCUCAGCUUGCCUACUUCGCAAAAACUACACGUUUCGAGUGACUAUUAUGAAUCUCGUUUGCCCCUGCAGGCAACAUACGAGUUCUCGCGCGACCGAAAGAGUAUGUCUGUUCUGGUGGGUUCUGGAAAUAAUCAGAAGCUCCUUGUCAAGGGUGCACCCGAAUCUAUCCUCGAUCGCUGCUCCCAGGCUCUUCUUGGGCCAAGUGGCUCCCGCGUAAAUCUGACCAAAGCCCACUUUGAUCUUUUGUCUGCUAAGGUCGUGGAGUACGCGAGCCGUGGCCUUCGUGUGAUCGCAUUGGCAAGCGUCGAUGACGUGGCAUCGAACCCUCUUCUUCAUAAAGUCAGUACGCCUGAGGAUUACGUCCAGUUGGAACGGAACAUGACUCUCAUCGGUCUUGUUGCGAUGCUUGACCCUCCUCGUGUGGAGGUGGCCGACUCGAUCAAGAAGUGUGCCCAAGCUGGCAUUCGUGUGAUUGUGAUCACUGGUGAUAACCAAAACACCGCAGAAUCAAUCUGCCGUGAAAUUGGUGUUUUUGGAAAGGCUGAGAACCUCGAAGGCAAGAGUUUCACCGGAAGACAGUUUGAUAGCCUCUCGCACAGCGAACAACUUGAGGCCGUCCGGAAUGCUUCGCUUUUCUCGCGUACUGAGCCUUCUCACAAGUCUAAGCUCGUGGACCUCCUACAAUCUCUUGGCCAUGUGGUUGCAAUGACUGGUGAUGGCGUUAACGAUGCUCCUGCCCUGAAGAAGUCAGAUAUCGGUGUCGCCAUGGGCACUGGUACUGACGUGGCCAAACUUGCUGCUGAUAUGGUUCUCGCCGAUGAUAACUUUGCUACUAUUACUGUCGCCGUUGAGGAGGGCCGCUCGAUCUACAGCAAUACUCAGCAGUUUAUCCGGUACCUUAUCUCAUCGAACAUCGGAGAGGUUGUGUCUAUUUUCCUCACUGCCGCCCUGGGUAUGCCAGAGGCUUUGGUUCCUGUGCAGCUUCUCUGGGUCAACCUGGUAACCGAUGGUUUGCCUGCCACUGCCCUCUCCUUUAACCCUGCGGACCAUGACGUUAUGCGACGACCCCCUAGGAGGCGCGAUGAGCCCCUUGUUGGCGGCUGGCUUCUUUUCAGAUAUAUGGUUGUCGGUACCUAUGUUGGCGCGGCUACUGUCUUUGGUUAUGUUUGGUGGUUCCUUUACAACCCAGAGGGCCCUCAGAUCUCUUUCUGGCAACUGUCUCACUUCCAUAAAUGCUCCGCGCAGUUUCCCGAGAUCGGUUGUGAGAUGUUCUCAAACGAGAUGUCGCGCUCUGCAUCAACCGUUUCACUAUCGAUUCUUGUCGUGAUUGAGAUGUUCAACGCGAUGAACGCGCUCUCGUCCAGCGAAUCCCUCCUCACAUUCGGUCUCUGGAACAACCUGAUGCUCGUUUAUGCCAUCAUCCUCUCGAUGGCUCUUCACUUUGCUAUUCUAUAUAUCCCCUUCCUGCAAAAUCUAUUUGCAAUUCUCCCAUUGGAUUGGAUUGAAUGGAAGGCAGUCCUGGCAAUCAGUGUCCCCGUUAUGUAA